AUGAAUUCCAUGGAUGAGGCAAAACAAUUUGCUGUAACUUGGAGUAAUCACAUGAACCAUGUAAAACAAGCAUUUGAUAAUUUGUUAAAUAACAGUGAUCUUACAGAUGUUACUUUAUAUGUAGAAGGAAAUAAAAUCGGUGCCCAUAAAAUGUUACUUUCAGCUUGUAGCAAUUAUUUUAACAACCUGUUUAGAGAUUUUCCCCAAGAACAUCCCAUUAUAGUACUUAAAGGAGUCAGAUGUACUGUUUUAAGGGAUAUUCUUAAAUUCAUUUAUAGUGGAGAAGUUAGUGUGGAUAGUAGUCACUUUGAUAAUUUUUUACAAACUGCUGAGUUCUUAGAAAUAAGUGGACUUACAAAUACGCAGCAUGUAGAGGAGUGUGAAAAUGUAAAUACAGAGUUAAUAAAUGGUUCUUCAUCAAAAUCAAAGAGAAUUCGGUCAAGGAAGAAAAAGAUCAAAAUGGAAGUUACUGAGGACAUAGAAGCGGAUAGUGGUAGUGGUAAUGCAGAUUGGGAUGGCCAAGAUUUAACUCCAGUUUUUACAGAAAAUCUGUGUGAUAUUCAAAUUACACAAGGUUCAGAUGAGAUUGAAAUUAAUGAUAUUGUAGUAAAAAAAGAAGAACUCUCAGAGGAGGAACUUUAUGCUAGUACUCAGCGUGAUCUAAGUUCAAGUAUCACCAAUGACAAUUUAACAUGCCCUGUGUGCUUUAAAGUAUUUACUCAUCCAUACAGUCUACAUCAUCAUAAACCUGUUCAUCUUGGACGAACAAAAUGUGGUAUUUGCAAUGCUGUCCUUUCAAGAAAAUAUAAUUUAAAAAUGCACAUGAAGUCUAAGCAUAACAUAAUAGUUUGA